CCCCUACAACCUCCUCCCAAACAUUAAUAACUGCUCCCCCACCAGUACGUUUGGGAAGAUACCCCCUCACUGUCCCCCUAAAUCCCCCUUUGUAAAGUGCUGCAUAUAGAGAGACAGCAAAGCUUCUUAUAUAGGACUCUUCCCACUUCCUUCCCCAGCCCAUAACUAAAAUGGAGUUAAAUGUAAAUAAAAUCCACAUUUAGCCCAAGUUUGGCAGGAGCAGGGGCACAGGGGGCGGGUGGGGGCACGUUACCCCCUUUCUCAAUCACACAGAACCCACCAAUUCAUGUCCAUCGCCCACCCCAGAUCCCAGAUCACGUGAGGACCUCUCUGUGUUACUUCCAACAAAUUAAACCCCCUGUAUUUCGCCAACCACCCGACCAAGAAACCCGAGAACCCCACCCAUCACUCCUCCCCUAUGUCCUCUUCAAUCCUGGGUGUAAGUCACCCCACCAAAACAAUGAUCCCCUGUCCAAAGGGGCCCCUAAACCGCAUGCCUCUCCUCCCCGCCGCCUGUGCCAGCAUGGGGUGCACGGUCUGAAACCGAUUUUAAAGGGUUAACACCUUGUAGACCGCCCCGGAUUUCAAGGCAGGUUUUCACAGAACAGUCUGGGGGUCCCGAUGGCCCCAAGUCCGGUUCCAGUGGGGUGCUGAGUUUUGGAGGAACCGGGGAGAAAGGCGAUAAGAAAAACACAAGUUGCACAGAAGCUGUGGCUGGGAGCUGUUAUUGUUCUCAACGUGGUCCGCUCUCUGUCUAUAAAGCGAGGAGGAGCCUGCGGCUCUGCAACCAGUCUGAGCUGAACUUUAGCGCAGCUUCUUAAAAUCUGCAGCCAUGGCACAGGAGCAACAAGAGGUCGCCCCAGCUACCCCAGCAAAGAAAGCCACCAAGGCAGCAGGCAGUGCCAAGAAGGCUACCAAAAAGAAGAACCAGCCUGGAAGGUACAGCCAGCUAGUGGUGGACACCAUCAGGAAGCUGGGCGAGAGAAAUGGAUCCUCCCUGGCCAAAAUCUACAGCGAGGCUAAGAAGGUGUCCUGGUUUGACCAGCAGAAUGGACGCACAUACCUCAAGUACUCCAUCAAGGCUCUGGUCCAGAAUGACACCUUGCUCCAGGUCAAGGGAAUUGGGGCCAAUGGAUCCUUUAGGCUCAACAAGAAGAAGCUGGAGGGUCUCCCCGCUGAGAAGAAGGCUGCGCCCGCUAAACCAGCAGCCAAGAAGAAGGCAGCGUCUGCCAGCACUCCUAAAAAGAGCCACAAGAAGGCAAAGCCAGCCAAGAAGUCCACCAGCGCCAAGUCACCAGCCAAGAGCCCCAAAAAGACGACAGCCAGCAGGGCAACCAAGAAGGUGAAGAAGGCUACAAAGCCCAAAGCACUCAGAGCCAAGAAGGCAUAAAAAGGACUAUAUUGACUUUGUAUAUACCAUGCAGCCGCCCAUCUUCAUUUCCAAAUCAGUGAAGACUAAAAUCCAUCUCUUCCAUUUACGAUGAUUCUUAAAGGAACUUUUAUAUACUUGACUGCAUUGUAUUUCCUUUAUUGACUUUAGUCAAUGUUAAUUUUUAAUAGAAUGCAUUUAGGAAUUGCUUCCAAUGCGCAGCUGUAGGUUCCAUCGUUUUAUAUGGGACUCUUUAAGCUCAGACUCUGCACCAGUUUUGUUUUGUUUUCGUAAUCCAUUCCUCAGCUCAGUUUAGAAAGAGUUAACUCGCUUUGCUUUAGGACAUUAUUUCUUGCUAAAUCAUGUUUUAAACAUAGAGCAUAUAAUAACGUUUAGACUUUACAGGGAAAGGGUUAAAUGCUAAGUUUUCUGCAUGUUUUAUUUUUGUGUUUUUUUAUAAAUACAUAUUUUCUUAAAGCAAUUCUGUACUCACGGUAUAACUUGGUUGUACUGGUGUUUUGAAUUAAAACUAUUCAUCUUUGAAAACCUUGUGUUUACGUCCAUUAAUAAGAGAAAUACAAAUGUGGGACAAAGUAAGUCUAUAGAAUGGAUUACCACAAUAUCUUUGAGUUUAUCAUUAAAGUGUGAAUUGUGUCAGGAAUUAGGGGGGGGGAAGGUUUCAUCUUGUAGCGAGCCAACAUGUGAAAUAUAAGUGAGAGUCCGAGAUCAGGGAACAGACAACGAAGGGACAUGUAAUAG